AUGGGCAUCAAAACGCUCCUUGAAAAACACCGCCUUGUGCUCGACGACGCCCUCGGCACCCAGCUUGAAGAAAUCAUCCCGCCGUCGUCGCCAAUGUACGUGAAAGGCUCUCCGUUGUGGUCCACGGAGGUGCUUCUAGGAGACCCUCUGAUCAUCGAACAGGUCCACUUGAGCUACCUCGAGAAGGGCGCCGACGUGGUGAUCACGUCUACCUACCAGGCGUCGCAGAAGACGUUGGAAAAGCACAGAAACAUGGAUUUGGAGGGGUCGAAAAGCGUAUGGAGUAAGGCGGUGGAAACAGCCAAACGCGCCAUAUCCAAGGUGGAUGGAACACGGUAUGUGGCGGGAUCCGUAGGUCCUUAUGGGGCGUUUUUGGCCAAUGGGGCCGAGUACAGUGGAGACUACGGCGAUGUGGGUGUGGCUGAUUUGGUCAAGUAUCACCAGGAGCAGGUUGCGUUUUUCGUGGAGAACGGGGACACCGAUUUGGUGGCGUUCGAGACAAUUCCGUCUUUUGACGAGGUCAAGGCCGUGUUCAGUCUCAUGGCGGAACCACACUCGUCUAAAGAGUUCUACGUUUGCUUCUCAUGCAAAAACAGCACCACCCUCGCUGACGGCACGGACUUGAAAGAGGUGAUUGCUUUCGUGCUUGAGCAAAAAGAAAAACACGCCUCUAUAAAAGAAAAUCUUAUCGGCGUGGGCUGCAAUUGCGUGGAUUUCGAGUUGGUUUCUGGAUUCGCAGCAUACGUGAGCAAUGCCUCCAGCAACUCAUUGUACUUGGUUGUUUACCCCAAUCUUGGCUUCAGCAACGACAUGUCUGACGUCAGCCAAUACGGCUUCAAGUCCGAUACAGAAAAAUGGCGGCUGGCUUUGGAGGAGUGGUGUGGUAUUGAAACUAUCAGACUUAUCGGAAGCUGUUGCAGCACAGGACCUAAAGAAAUAGCAGCAGCCAGGGCGGUAGUGGACGCGGUGAAUCAUUGA